AGUGUGAACAAGACGUUUGCAUUGCUAUACAUUUUUGAUUCGGUAAUUUCCGGAUAAAGGCGUUGUUACCGUUUCGCUAAUUAAUAUCGCCCGACGAAUGUCAAAUCGGUGUACGAACAGGACGUUUUUUGUCAUUCGACCAUCUUAGAAGAAUCCGGGCGCAUAGCGACCUUAAAAAAAACAAGAAAAAUAUACCAAGGCAGAUUUUCCCGGACAAUUUCACCAUCAUUUUCGAACAGGAUCGCAUCGGAGAAAUAUUUAACAGACUGAAGAAGAGAACUUGAUUUUGCCAGGAAGUUUAUCAACUCACGGAUUUCAAAUUGAAGAGACUUGAGGAAAACGCAAGAUGAAGAAUAUUGUUUGGGGUGUCUAUGUGAUUCUAAGCCUCUUCUAUCUCGCAAAGGCACGUCAUCUUGGAGAGAGCCAACAAACAACCACACAGAUCAACAGGAUUAAUUCUCCUCGCAGAAGCACAACUACUAAUCUACGAGGAAGCCCUACGUCAUCAAGAUCUCAGUCAAUGUUGUCAAGGAACAUACUGAAUCCAAGUAGAGGACUUGACCAGAGCAAGAUUUCAAAUCGCAUUAACCGCCCGAACAGGUCAAAUCUACGGACUGCUCAGCAAAUAAACCCUUCUCCGCGGAGAGUGCGUAUGAAUACACAAAGUUUACAGGGUCAGAAGAGCGUCACUAUCAGACAACCCAGUGGUCGGCCAUUGGUUCAGAAUCCACAACGAGGCUCUCAUAUCAUACCGCCUAGUGUUUCAAUUCAACGAAAUCAAGGACGACAACUCUCUCGAAGCAAUGCAGUUGCUAGCAGAAACAACCUCGCCCAGGUGAUAUCUAAUAGAAAUGUAAGGAUAUCGAAUGGUCGUAAUACACAAAACGGGAUUGGUGUAGCGCGCGGACAAAGAGCACGAGGAAACAGUCAACAAGCAGCUCUGCUGGAGCGAGGACAUAUGUCUAGUCAGUUGCAAAGUAACCUCGGUCGACCAAUCCAAACUAACCGUUUCCCUAGCAACACUGUAACUGCGAGAGUUGCCAGGCGACAGGGUUCAGUUGUCCGCGGUUCAAGUAACAUGAUUAGUCCUGUCCGGAACACAGGGAGUAUCCGAUCAAAUGGUAUGAUGCAGGGACAAAACAGAGGAGAGUUCAAGCAAGGGGCGACAAAUCAAAUCAGAAUUCGAACACAGACAGAUAACUCGAAGCUACCAUUUAACGAUUUUAAUAGAAACGCACCAAUUAUAAGGGAAAACACAGGAAGAGGUAUGUGGAAGAGUGUUCCGGUCGACCCAGCGACUGUUCCUUUAGAACAGUUGAAAAGUCAAUCAAGACCUGUUCAAAGCCAGUCUUCUAUAAUUUUAAACUCACAGCCACUUGUUUCUCAAGGUCACGCGACAUUAAACUUAGCCAACUCCAAAAACCGAAUGUCUUCUGUGCAAACUGCGCAGAAUGUUAUUGCUACAAAUAUUGCAAGCAGUGUAGUUGGAAGCCCUUCAGCUGGAGUCCUGGCUACAAAUGGUGUCCAGUCUGGAGUGACUCAGGGCGCUAACGACGCUAACGGAAUGAUAGCUUUGGAACUUAAUCUUGGAGCAGCAAACACGAAACAGGCAAAUGUUAUCCAGAGCGUUCAACCAUCUACGGAAAUAGCAGCUGCAGGAAGUGCAAAUGUUGCUACUUCCGGAUUGAAGAUUCCCUCCAAUUCCCCAAGUCAAGUUUUGUCAACAAACAAGGCCCCUGUCCAUUCUCUACAGAUACAGAAGGUACAUUCAGGACUGACCUCUGGUGGCAAGAAGAAAAUGAGCCUGACAUUAUCCUCUGGUCAAUCAGGAGGGCAGCCAAUCGUUAUAGAAGCACUCGGGAACAUUAUCCUAUCACAGGAAAAACUACCAGACGGUCGAGUCCAAUUCGUCAUCAAGGCGGACGGACCCACUACUGGUGCGACGGUUAAGGCUACAACAAAAACCACCAAACCCACUACGCCUGCUACCACGGCAACGACGACAGUAACCAUGGCACCAACAACGACAACUACUGCCAUGCCAACGCCUACCUCUACGAUCCCAACUAGCACCAUAUUUAUGGAGGAAACGGAAAUGCCUGAACCAGGAGAGUUCAUAUACCCUCCUUCCGGGCUAGGGACCACUGAACCGAUGUAAAUUUAUAACAGAACAAAGCAACCAGUCCACGUAUCUAUUUUGGCGCCGCACUUAUAUUCUAAAGUAUACCUGAACUGAAAUAUAUCGGCAUUACUCCGCGCCAUGAUACAUUCGCGCAUGAAAAUUCAUCAGCGCCAUAUUGAAUUGGUCAAUCAGCAUAAUUCAGCGCCAUGAUCAAUUUGCGCGUCAUCAUAACUCGUCAUAGAGAACAAUACGUAGAAACUGCAAUUAGGGCAAUUAGAAUGUAGUCGAACAAAUUUGCUACAUAGGUGCUGAGAUAAAAUGUCGCUAUUACUGUGAAAUAAUACAAUUGCAUGGGUUUACAAUUUCGUGGUUUUCUCAAAGAAAAAAAAAUACGUAGGGACAUGAAUUCCUGGAUAUAGAAGAUCUCCAUGCCUGUACUUUGAGCUUUUUUUUUUAGAAAUUCGUUCCCAUUCGAAUUCGUGUAUUAGGUUUACCAACGAAAUAAACGAAAAAUAAACACCCACGAAAUGUAAUGCUUUAACAGUAAAUUAAUAUUUCCGGUAGAUUAUGUAAAUUUAUUUGGGUAAGAAGAACCAAGUUUCAUAAAAAAAUAAAUUUUAAAAUCUUCAUCAGGAUCCAUGAUGAGGAAUCGACAUUCGUUAUAAACGACUAUCUAAUUACCUUUUAGCCUCUAUUCUUGCAGUAAAUGUGUUGUAACAUUUGAUAAACCGGUUCGACUAAUUAUACACAAAAGAAAAAUCAUCUCCACUCCAUUUUUGUACAUAAUGAUAAUUGAUGGCACCAAUUAGAAAGAAUGACCUAUGAUAAAAAAAAAUACAUUUCGCAUAUUCUGAACAGAUCCAAAUGUAUUGUAAUGCUAAUAAUGCUAAGUUAUUGUUUGUUGUUAAAUGACAAUAUUUCUAUGGAAUCACUUUAUUGCGAGAUUACCGAGCGUUACCGAACAAUACCGAGCAAUACCGAGCAUUACCGAACAUAACCGAGCUUACAAUGUUGUUGCAUUACCUUGCUUACAGGGGAAUAUUUAUUUGUAUAUAUCGGAAGGGAUGAGAUUUAAUUAUCAAUAUUUACAGAUUCCGGAUUAUUAUCUAUUAAGAGCUUGAUGAUUUUAAAACAUAAACGAUUUGUAAUCACAUUAUAGCUUAUCAGUAAGUACAUGUAUUAGAAUGUGUGAGAAUGGCAAUGACUGUAAAUUUGAAUGAAAGGACAUUAACGUACAUGUAGUUUAUGCAUUUCCGAGAUACUUGGUUUUCAGAUAACCAUUUUAGAUAAUUACGUUAACCUAAGAUAGCAUAUAUGAUGUAAAUAUAUAGAUAUAUAUUUAUUUGGAUAAAAUAUAUCAGAUAAUUUUUUAUAUAAUUCAAAUAGAAGUUUACUGUUUUUGUGAGCUAUAUAGUCAUGGGUUAAACGAACGGACCCAAAUAUGGGUCAUAUCUUGUGGUAACCAUUUUUGGCAAAUUGUUUUCAAGACUGCGAUGUUCUUGUUGUCUUAUCUUUAGCCUGAAAUCUCUCCUUUUUGUGUCACAUGAUUAUCAUUUCUUUGUAAGAGAGAACAUCACUUUAUUGUUGUUGUUGAACUGUAGCCGUUUCAUACACUGUUGUUGUUGUUUUCGCCCUGAUUCUAAUUGUCGUUGUGUAUGGUCUUGUUAUUUUCUCGAUUUGUUUCCGUCGUAUCAUAGUUGUUCUCCAAUGUGUAUCUGUUUUUUUCUUUGUAAUUGCUGUAUUGUUUUAAUGACUCUCAAUAUGACGUCUUCUGUUUCCUUGUUUGGUUUCCAUCAUAACUUUGGCUUGUAUCCAGUAUCCGCCAUUUUGUUUUUCGUUUUUUCAUCUUUUCCGUACAGCUCGUUACUCCUAUAUUUCUGUAGUUGCAUUUGUAAUCAAAUCCGAUAUCAUUUCCGAUCUUUCAUUCAUUAUAACAAACGUUAUUUUCAAAAUUUGAAUAAUAAUGAUAAAAAAAAAAGAAAAAGAAAAAAAAAAUCAUUUUUCAUCCUUUACUCUACGUCAUUAUAGUCUUUCACAGGAAGGAAUUAAAAUGGUUAUGCUCUUUUUUUUGUCAGUAAUCACAACACAAUGAGAGCAUUACAUAUUUUUUGAAAAAAAAAAAUGAAAAAAAAAUGAAAAAUGAAAUGCUUCCCAGGAAAA